AUGGCGGAUCCAUCUGUAGCAACUAAAGCUCCGGAGGGCGACGCGCUCGAGACAGAGACAGAGACGGAGCAAGGCUCCUUUAUUUCGGGGGAUCCCCCCGCCCAGAGUGGUGCCGGUCUGGGAGAGCACUGUCUGACAGAUAGACCUACUCCGUUUGGACGGGGCCCGUCUGGCGAGCUGACACAAUUGGGAGGAGUCGAAACAUAUAUCUCGAAACCCGCGGAUUAUCCCCAUGCCCCUUCAAAGCUUCUACUUCUCUUGACCGGCGCCACGGGUCUGGACUCUGACAACAACCAAAUACAAGCCGAUAACUUCGCGAGAGAGGGAUACCUAGUGGUAAUGCCUGAUAUGUUUAACAAUGAUCCCUUGCCUGGCUCCGCAACAUAUGAGGAAGAGAAGGAUCCUUCGGUUAUUGAGCAGAUCAAGAUGCGCGCAGCGGAGACGGCCAAGAGUUUCUUGAUCGAUAUGUGGUUGGCAAGGCAGACACCUGAGAAGGUCUUGCCAAUUGUUCACAAAGUAAUCGACGCAGCUAAGGAUGAGUUCGCGGAUGCUGUAGCAAGUGGUGGAGGGAUUUACUCUGUUGGCUAUUGCUUUGGUGGGAGGAUGACUCUUCUCCUGGCUGGCGAGAAACCAAAUACACCUGCAUGGGGCCAGAAAGCACAGGACGAAGAAGCGGGUGCAGUCAAGAACGGCCCCUUUAUCAAAGCAGGAGCUAUCGCCCAUGCUACGCUAGUGUCGAGAGAGGAUUUUGAAGGAACCAAGGCACCACUGGCCUUCAUUUGUGUGGAGGACGACCAACUGUUUCCUAACGAUGUCCGAGGAUAUGGCGACAAGUACUUGAAGGAGAAUAACGUCGAGUAUGAAUUCAAGACGUAUUCGGGUGUUCCGCAUGGAUUUGGAGUAGUAGGGGAGUAUCAGGAUGCCAAAAUCAAGGCAGCUCAAGCAGAGGCCUUUGAUCAAAUGUUGGCUUGGUUGAAAUCCCACUAG